AUGGCUACUCACCCGUAUCCUUCCUCUUCCCAAUUCUCUGUCGGCAUGGCUCCCAACCAAGGACCUUCACGCAACGGCUACCGCCUGCCCCAAGCUGCCCAAGGCCAGAUGCCGGCGACGCAGUACGCAUACCCCACUCCCCACCAGCCAAACAUGUACCUCCAGCCAGACGUCAACCAGUACGGCCUCGUCACCCCUCCCACCAACACCCCUGCCCAGUUCGGCUCCCCUCUCAUCGCCAACGGUGGCUACGCACCUCUUCCAGGCGGUACGCCUUCCAGCCAGUGGUCAAUCAACGCACUCGCUCUUUCAUCCGUCGGAGCUACCGAUUCCUCACUGGCUUACGGCUAUGCGCCUUCCCCACUCAUGGGCCAGGACCCAUCCUGCGCUGCACCUGGUGAGGUCUUUACUGGCGGCAUGCACCACCACCACAACCACCACCACGGCGCCGUCGAGGGUCUCGGAUUCCCGCACAGCGCCAUGGCACACGCUCACCACGCCCCGCCUUCCAUGUACCGCGGCGGGCCCGGCAUGGGCAUGAAGUCUCACCACGGCCACCUGAUCCUCGGCGCCGACGGUCAGCCAACUACCGAGAUUAAGAAGCGUUCGCGCACCGCGCAGGCCUGUGAGCGCUGUCGCAUCCGCAAGGCGAGGUGCUUCGGAGGAAACCCUUGCAACCGCUGCACCAAGCGCAGGUUCGUGUGCGAGUUCUCCACUGCUGUCCGCCAGCGUGGACCAAACAAGCCCCAAGCUGGAACCUCUACUGCCGGUUCCAACUCGAAUGACCCAGGUUCCGUCUCGUCGUCGGCCUCUGGCCAUGCAACCAAGAGCCCUGCGUCCCCACCCAAGGCGAUCCGCCGCCACAGCCUGCCUGAAGGGUCGAACCCUGCAGCCUACUCCGCAAAGACGUACUCGGCCAACGACGUGACGAACCUGGCAGCCGUUGAGGAGGGUGUUGCAUACUCGCUGCCGUCGUCGACUGUGAUCCCUCACCUGCCAACCCCUACAGGCGGCGAGUAUCUUGCGGUGCCCCAGGCAAACGGUUUGCGCUCAGGCGACUCGUCCGUGUACUCGGCCCAGUACCGCUCGCCACUGUUUGCGGCGCACCGCUCCGACUCGCUGGACAGCGCGUCGGCUCCUACGACUGGCUCGUCGGCCGACUACCCUUACACCCCGAUCUCGCCAGCCACGGCCUUUUCACCCACCCUCGGCAUGACCCCCACCGUCGGUGGCAUGUAUCCCAACACGGUCCCCGCGCCUGCAGGUGCCGACGAGCAGUCGUACUACGCGGCCUAA